GGUUCGGUCACGUGAUUUGUGAAAAAUGGCUGCCUCUUGCAGACCUAUGACUUCUACAUACAAACAUAGAAUCAGGCAUAUAUGUUGCUUAGUAUUUAGUUAAUUAUUUAUUUGUAUUUAACCUAAUUGUGAUAUACACACCAAUAGCCUAGAAUGUCUCAAGAAUUGGAAAGUUCUAUUGACACUGGACAAGAUACUGUGACAUGUAGCGAUGAUCAAUCGAUGGUUGAGUCAAAGAAAGUGAUGCUAACAAAUAAAAGAUGGGAUUCCAUGGACAGCCUCCUGGCUCAAAUUAAAGAGAAAGAAACAUUGCAAGAUAAUAUUAAAAAUCUCCAGUGUCCCAAUAUAACUAAAGAAUUAAAAGCCCUUAAAGCAGAGAAAAAUGCAACUAUUGAAAAGAGGAAACAGAUUGACACAGAGCUAGAUAAAUGGAACAAAGACCUUCCAGAAAAGAUGCGUCAGCUUAGUCAGUUAGAGUCUUCUCUUAUCUACAAAAAUGAAGAGAAGAUCAAUACAGCAAUUCAAAAGCUGGACUGGACACUUCAACACCAACAUUUCAAGCUGACGGAAGAGAGGAAGAUUGUCACAGAGAUUGACAGACUACGUAGAUCAAAACGAACAUUAGCGCAAUAUUUUACCCUCAAACAAGAAAUCUCUGGCAUCAGGGACAAGCAGAGACGAAUGAGAGAAGAAAGGGAUACAUACUACCAAGCUGUCCGCAAAAUGAAAGCUAGAGAAGAUCAUUUAAAAGAGAAAUUAUAUUCCCUCAAGUCCCAGUUGGAUUCACUUAAAAGAGAGAUUGACAGUUUGCAUGACCAUAAAAGACAGUUGAGGAAACAAAAAGAAGUGUUUCAUGGAGUGAGAGAGAGACAGAAGAGGGACAGCUGGAAGAGACGAGAUGAGGGGAGGAAAUCAUACAUUGCAGACAGUCAGAGAGAAGAUGAGGAAUCAGAAGUGCCUUAUGAGAAGCUGAUCCAACUUUGCAAUACUUUAUACAAUCACCUUCAGCGCUUUAAUAAUUUGUCUGCACCAGAGCCAUCUGUUGAAAGCUUGUCACCUUCUUCUAGUCUAGAAGUGGAAGAGGAUGUUGAUGAAGGUCAUCAUAUUCUUCGGAAGAAAUCUUCAGAUGCAGAAAGUGCAGAGCUAACUGGAGGUGCUAAAAAGUCUAUGAAGAGAAACAAGAAACCUCGGAAACAGUCUUCAUUUAAAAAAAUGACCCACUCAUCUCAAGUUCUAGAACAGUUCCUGGCCUUGGGUUUGAGUGCACCCACAUCUGUAGCAGAGAUACCAGAAGUUUUGGAGAAACUAGUGCAAAAAAAAGUUGAUCUUGAAAAGGAAGUAGCUAGUGAUGCCGGCUUCUCGGCUACAGAGAGUUACAUCUGUGAAAUGUCCAGGCAGGCCAGCAACACAGAGAGUCAUGAAGAUUAUGUUGACACCCAUGCUGCUGAAAAUGUAAUAGCUGAACUGAUGAGUGUGACAGGCUCAACAGAUGCGUCAGAGGGUGCAGUAGGCGGUUGUGAGAGAGCCUCUGAGAGCUCUGAGGUCAUGAGCCCUAACAGCGAUUCUACCCUGGAAGGUGACUCUGGGGAUAGCCAGAACUCAUCUGUGGUUAAGUCUGAAGAUGUGGUGAAAGACCUUAGUAGUAAACUUGUCAUUACAGAGGCAGACAAAAGCAAUAACAAUACUGUCACCAAGGUUCAGAAGCUGCAGGAGAAACCUGAAAUGUACCUCAAACCAGAUCAAGUGUCUAGAAGAAGCAGCCCUCCUAAAAAUUUAGACUUUAGACCAAAGCUUAGAAGAACAAGGAAUGUUACUGAAGAGCUAUUUAAGCCAGCAACUCUACUUCCUUCUCCAUCAUUUGGUCCACCAACUGUUUCUCUAGCCACACCUUUAGACAAAGUGCUUAAACCAAAAAGAACUGUAGCUCGUGUUGCUUCAAGCCCAGCUGCUGUUCAUGAGCCCUGUCCAUUUCCCAAAAGCAAUCAGCAUGGGACUUUUGCUGACCACCUCAAGUCUCCGAGCGUUAGUCCAUCGUCUUCUUUUAGUGCACACAAUAGAUCCCACCCACCUCUAGCCAGUCGACUGUCGACCCCAGUAUAUGGUUCUGCUCCUCAGUGGUCAGGAAAACGAUCACACACUGUUCCUUCCCAGACACCCACAGAGCCUCACUUUGACAUUAGUGACUUUCCUCCUUUAUCCCAGGCACCGCUGACAAAAUCCAGAUCAAACAGCUUUUUCUCAAAAUCUUCCAAUGAGGGCUCAGCUGCUGAAAUAACAACACCAAGGGAGACUUUUGGUGUCAUGGCAACCACAGAUUCAUUUCAGCCACAAAGUGGCAUCCCACCAGUCCUGGCUACAAACGCUCCUAGUCCUUCCUUGCCUGUGUCCAUGUCAAUGAUACCAGCCGAGGACAAGUCAUUAACUGAGAAGUGGGUUGAGUCCAACGCAGCUUACUUUCAUUCUGAAGGCUCUGUGAUGCCAGUAUGUAAAGAAUCAUGACCUUCAACUUCAAAAUUAGACCUGAGUAUUAGUCCACAGAUAAUUUAUAUUGAGUUGUAUAAGAUUUUUAUAGAUAUUUAUCAGCUGGUCAUGUUAAGGUUACUAAUCAAAAUGUGUGUUAAAUCAUAUAAUGGCAUCUUUCAGAUGUGCAUUUCAUUUAGAUAAGUUAUUAUUAUUUGUGUCACAUGUUUGCUUGUGUAACAUGAUCUAAACAUAUCACUUUCAUACUGACUUUCUACUUCUUGAUAACAAUCAAGCCAAAAAAAAAAACAACACUACAAUUGAAUGUAUUUUAAACCAUGUUUUUCCAUCUUUUACGGUCACAGCAGAGGGGAGAGAACUCUUAAUCAUUAAUUGAUCUUUUCUUUCUGUAAAAACAAAUUAUCAUUAUUUCUUUUUAAAUGUUUGACUUUGAAGUCAAAUUUAGUUAUGACUAAGUUAGAAAAGAAGAAGUUUAUACAUUGUAAUUAAUAGGGAGGAUCAGAUCAAAAAAAAAAAAAGGCUAAUAUCAAAAUUGUAUUCAUACAUUAUCAGAUUUUUUUCAUAUCAUCAUAUUAUUAUUUGGUAAUGAUGACUGUAAUUAUGUUGGCAUAAAGAAAAGAAUAAAAAGAUGGUAAUAGUUGGAGUUCACCAUUAGCGCCCUCUAGGAGACAACUUAUUUACAGUUACUUUAUUGUGACAGUUUUCCACAAUAUAUUUGACAUGUUUUGAAUGAGGGGUGGCAUUUUCUCCUUCCCUUUAAAGGUCCUCUGUAGGAACUAUCAUCUUGGUGGCAUGAUUAGUAGUAUACCCAUAUCAUGUGUAGGUAGAUAAUAUUUGGUUUGGGUAUUUUCUAUUGCCACAUUCUCAAAACAAAAAUGUUAAAAGAGCUCUCCAUCAGACAAAAUGAGAGACGCAAAGUGAUGUCUUUUAUCUGUCUAAGCUUUUCCUUCUUUGACUGAAUCAUAAUUCUAUUCUUGAACGACAUGGUCUAUAUUUAAGGCACCUUGUGCAAUUAUGUCUUAGUACAGUUUCAAUGAAGGUCCACUGUAGGUGUUUUGUGGACAUUGUACUCUACAUCAUGUGUUUCGUAGCUUUAGUGAUAGAUUUAGCAUUCAUUUGUUCAUUCCUUGUGAAAAAAUUAACCCAAAAACCUGGCUAUUAGUAGUUUUUAUAGUUCAUGUUUUUUGUCAAUGGAUAUAAACACAAAUGUACGUAAUUUAAGAAAAAACAACAACUUGCCUUGUCUUUCACCCAUUUUUUGUAUCUGUUGUUCUGGCUGUGGGUGAUGAAUAUGCAUUCAUAUGAUGUUAGGAGAGAUUUUCAAUAUUCCUGUUUUAAUUAAUUGCUGACUUUAAUUUAGUUGCUGAGUUGAAGUCUUACAUUUUGCCAAUUAACAGUUCAGGAAGUUAGUCAUUGUGUUGGACACAUAAUAUUCUAGUUAACUCUAGUGAAAAAACAUGGGCCUCAGCAGUAGAAAAGCUUGCCAUACGAAAAAUGGCUGGCUCCUCUACCACCUUAACCUGCAAUAUAUGUGGAUGGGAGUGUCUCUCCAAAAUAGGGCUCCACUGUCACAUCACAUGAAAAGGUGUUCAUAGUCGUCCUACAGCUGAAGGAGGCCAACCAACUCAUUUAUGACUCGCCCACAUUAAAGAUCAGUAGCCUUUAUUUUUGUAAAAAGAAACAUUUCAUUUUGUACAUGAGUUAAAGAGGAACCUCAUGGUUGUCUUGUAUUUCCUGAGUUUUUUCUUUAGUGUAUGUGCAUCUCAACCUCAGGUCCAAUCAAUUACUUUGCAAAUAGUAUGGACAUGCAUGUGAAAAAACUCAGCUUACUUUAAUGCUGUAAUGUGUACAAUGUUGCAAGGACCAUUUAAACAAUCAUUUGGUAGAUGCUGUGUACUUCUUUCACCAGAAUACAAUAAUAGAAUGUUUCUUUAAAAAAAAAAGUUUUAUAGUAAUUUAAUUGUAUAUUUUGGCUUGUCUUUCUGUGGUAGUUGUUAUAUAACUACUGGAAUAUUUUAUUAUAAGCCAUUCAUUGUGUGACAUGUUUGCAUCUAUUUUAAUCCACAUAUGUUCUAUUUAUUUAUGUUAAACCUUUUAAGCAUCCUUCCCCCCCUCCCCCCUUUAAGUUUUUCAACUGCUGCAAGAUGAUGUUUUUUGUUGUCUAAUUCAGGUUAUGUUGAAAUGUAGAGUACAGGGCUUGCUAACACAUAUGGCUAAAAAACUGUAAAGUGGUUUUAAUCAAAUUUUGUAAAAAAAAAAAUAUAUAUAUAUAUAUCUUUUUGAUGCAGUCAGAAUGGCUAAACCUUGAGAGGUUAUGAACUACAUUUUUUAGAGACUUACAAGCUGGUCAAGAAAAUUUUUAUGAUUUUUUUUAAAUGUAAUUAUUAUUGCUGAAAAUGAUAGACAAAGCAAAUGCUAAAAGUAAUGAAUUUCAAGAAAGUACUUCAUAGCAAAUGACAAAAACAUAGGGUUGAAAUAUCUCAAGUAUUAUAAAUGUGGUAUUACUCACUGUGGUUUCUAAUUAGUAUUACAAUGUUGUUGCUUUUUUUUUUUAUUGAAGUACUAACAUAAUUUUAAAAGAAAAGAUGUAUCUUAUACAUUUAAAAACUAGGUUAGUACAUUGAAAUUUAAUACAAAGAUAUAAUUUAGCUUCAUAACUAGGUACUAGCUUGUUAAAAGAUCAUAGUUAAGCUAAUCUAGAUUGUAAUAGAAGACAUUAGAAUGACAUUAAUUGUGGAAAUUCAUUGUACAGCUUCUUAUUUUGACUUUCUUUUUAAAGUCUUGUAUGUCCAAGCUGUAAUCAUUGAGGGACUAGAGAGUGUUACAAUUAGCUUAGACAGAGAUUGUAGACUACUAGACAGAAAUUGUAGUGUUACAAUUAGCUUAGACAGAGAUUGCUGUUUAUCUUCCUUUUGAGAGCCAGAUAAUAGUAAUCAUCACUUUCAAAGUUUUGAGAUGCUGAGCUCUCAGUUUUUGUUAGUUUACAUUGAUUCUUUGACCACCCUGAUUUUGAUCCCAUAAACGUAUGGAUGGCAAUAAAGAAAGAUAAAUUAAGAUAAAACUUCUGUGUAUUUGUAGAUUUUUUUAUAGGGAAACUGGAAAUGAUCUGAACUCGAGACAAUCAGUCACUUAGAUAAUUGUUGCCCUCAUAGGAUGUCAUGCCAUCCAUUUUUUUUUUAAAGAUUGAAAGCCAGAAUGUCUUUAUUCUACAUUUAAGUAUUGGGCUGUCUCAUUCAUUUUAAAUCAUUUAGGGAAUAAUUGAUUUAUAAUCAAUCCUACUUGGCAUAGCUGGAGGAAAUGCUUUUUUUUUUCCAGUAAUAAUUAUUUACUUGCAUGUUAGUGAUUUCCUUGUUAUGUGUAUAGUUCACUUAUUGAAAGCAAUAUUGUUACACUGUACACAUUUUAUUUUUAUAUUGCAGUAAAAUGUGUACUUAAUUUGAUACUGGAGCCAUUUUUUUUAGACUAAAUCUAAAAUAGGAGAUAUCUAUAUUUAUAGAAAUAUAAAGUGAAUGCUUAGAUGUAUUUUUUUUUCCCAAUGCUUAAAAAUUAUUUAAAAAUGGGUUUCUUUUUUGUUCUUUCUAGAUAUUUAGCUUAUCAGAAUGAAUAGCAUAGAUGCAUUUAUAUUUUACUACAUAGAAUGAAUGUAAGAAUUUUAUUAUUUGCAUUUUUAAAAAAUAAUUUGUACUUGGCAGGAUUAUAUAGUUUUAUAUAUAUCUAAAAACAGGGUUGUACCAUUAUAAUUUUGAAUAGCACCAAUGAUAAGUUCAAGAAUCAGUGGCUCUUACUUAAGAUUUGUGAUAUGUUUUAGCAUGUACCAUAUCAGGGAUGUAAAUGACCAGGUUUAACUGCAGGGUUGUGUUAGCAGAGCAUCUUAGUCAUUAUUUAUUUGUAAUGCACACAUAUUUAUAUUGGUCUCCAAGGUUGUGAAGAGCCUGGUUUUUGUUUAAGCCAGACCAGGUGGGUUAUUUGUAGGACCUAGAAUUUUGUUUUUGUAUAUUAUAUAUAGAAACAGAUGUAAUAGUAAUGUUGUUUUUUUUUACCCUUCACUAUUUGUAGUUCUUAAAGCUUUUAAGUUUGUAAAUUGAUCAUGUCUAAAUUAAAAUUCACCAUUUAUAAAUUGUAGUUUAUAAGUUGACUGUUUUCAAAAUUAUUUAGCGGCCAUUUUAGAAUAUUUUUAUAUAUAUUAACUUAUUGCAAAUUUUUAAAAGUUCUUGUAAAUUUUUUUUAUUUUUACAAAAGUUACUUUUUAUCUUGAUUAUGCCAACGUUUUAAAAUUAUAGACUACUGUAAUGGAAUUUAUUGAACAUAAAAUUUCUGGAGGAACAAGAACAGAUUUUUAUGUUAAUAUAAAUUUUUUUAAGGAUAACUUUAUACAGAUCUAUUUACAAGUUUUUUUAAACACAUUUAUCUUCUCUUGGUCUGGUGAAAUAAUGACAACCUGGUUUAUGUUUGUUGUUUUUUAUUCAUACAAGCUUGUAAAUAUGUAUAUCUUUUUUUUUUUUUUAAUUUUGAAUUGGCUUUCCAGGUUUUAUCCUAUCUUAAUGAGAAUAGUAUUUUAGUGUAUGAGAAUCAGGACUGAGAUAAAAAUAGGAUAAUGUCUAUGUGCUUGUAUCAAGUACCUGUAUACAAAUGGAAUCCAUUCCUUGUUGAUCUAUAUAAAAAAAUGUUACAAAUUAUACAGUCUCCCUUAUACCAUGUAAAAUUUGAUUUCAAUGAAUUGGUUCCUUGUAAUGUUUAGAUUUAACCUAGCUUCAUGAUUCACAAAUGGGGAAAAGUUGAAUACUAUCUACAGCUAGUGUGAUAGGCAGACUUAGUUUGUGGGGCUGAGUGGCAUGUAUUGCUUGGCCAACUAUCAAGGGGGCUCAAGUUCAACACCCUAUUCAAUCUGAGUUGUGUUUGCUGAGUGCCUAAAGGCAGCACAGAAAACUUCUCAGAUAGCCCCUACCUCCACAUGUCCACAAGAGCGAUUGGACCAAGUGCACUGAGCAUACUAGAAGUAAGAAAGAUGGGCUAAACAAAUUCUUUAAAAAAAAUAAUAAUUUACGAAGCCAGCACCAUGAACUAUCAUAAGCUGCUUGGUUUAUGAGAUAUACUAUAAGCACUUGGAUAGAAUGUUUUGCAAUACUAUAAGCACUUGGAUAGAAUAUGCUUAUAAUAGUACUAUAACUCUUGGAUAGAAUACAUUUUUACUAGUAAUUUUUUGUAUUACACCUCUAGUUAGUGGCUGAAAAAGUCCAGGGUACAAUCAAAUGUUCACCACUACAAGACUCAUGAAGUGAAUGUGUUCAUAGAUGUGUUAGGCAAUAACCAGAUGUAGCUUGGAUGACAUGUUUUAAUGAUUGAUGUAUUGACAUUUGAAGUUGAAUGUAAUAGUAUGACAUCACUGUUUCUCAUUAUUGAUGUACUUGGCAGCGCAAGUGACAUUGCCAUAACGAUAUCAUGAGAUAUUGUGACUGAGUCUCAGCAUAACAGCUUGUUUAUUUCCAUUGUUUGUGCCUUUUUUUUAAAAAUGAUUAUUUAUUCAAGAUUUUUUUCAGUUAAAAUGUAUGUUUUAUGCUUGACAUUUUGAAAAUUAUAUAUGUCAUGUGAAUGCUUUGGAUGACACAACUUAGAUUUUGUUUUAACUGUUGUUGUUUUUUUUUUCUUUUUAAUUUCAUCUUGUAAUUGUGAUUUUUUAAAAAUUGUAUUCAUUAUUGUAUUGAGCUUCUGGUGUGCUGUUUUAAGAGUCCUAUCUGGAAAGCUGUGUUGAAACAUUGUGUCUGUAUGAUAGGUGCUUUAUCUUUCAGAAGAAUAUUUCCUAGGUCCAUGAGAUAUUCAUAGAAUCAAUGCUUUUUAUUUUUUUAAUUAAAUAUUUUGAUUUUACAAUUAACUAUCUAAAAAAGAACAUUCCAUGAAGUGUAUAAUUUAUUACAUCUCUACAAGUCUGAAACUUAAAAAUGAAAUAUAGGAGUUGUCUGACUCUAAAAGAAAGUGACAUUGCAUGUAUAGAGCUUCAGAGAUGUGUUAGUCUGGAAUACCUAGUAGAACCAUAACCUUUUUUUUACAUGUCAGUUUAGUUGGUGAAUUAGGGAUAAGACUUAUGUGCCUUUUAUUUCUGCUUUACCAUCACCAUUCAAAUUUCUUGCUUUUACGUCAUUAGGAGAUGCAUAAGGGCAAUGCUAUCAGACAUCAGUAGAAACACAGAAACAACUAUUUAUAUGUUGCUUUUUUACUGGUCAUCAGUUGCAAGUCAUCACUAUGUUCUUUUUUCACAAUCUUUAAUCUGUUCAUAACCAUUUGGAUAAGAGACAUAGGGUACUAACAAAAGUGUUUAAAUUGUAUGGUUGAUAUACAGUUUUACUUAUGCUUCUAGCAAAUACAGAAGCUAACACAAGUCCUAUUUAUAGUAUUUUUUAAAAACAUCAUAACUUGUGAACACCUGUUUUUAGCUUUAGCAACAUGCUUUUGACAAAGUUUCUUAGCAUCACAAAUCAAAUUUAAUGAUUGUACUUGUUAGUUUGUUGAAAACUUUUGUUUUUAAAUUUCUUACCACACAUUUUAAGGUUCAUUAGUAGCCCAUUCCCUUAAAGCUUUACACUAGUCUGUAAAGUUGAGUUUUAGCCAAAUAAAUGUUAAAGGGUGGUUGGUUUGGUGUCUAAGGUGUUUUAAAAUGUAUUCAAUAUGCAAAAGCUUUUCAUUUGUAAUAAUUAGAAUUUUCUUGUAAGAAAAGGUAUGCAGAUAGUUGAAAAACAAAAGUUUGUUUUUAUUUUUCUUAUGUUAAAGAAUUGCAGAAUGAGUUGGUGAAAUAUGCAGGUUUUUUUUAAGCUUUUGAUAUAAAUUUUAAAUUGGUGAAAAAUUGAGUAGGAAGAGAAGGGAAAAAUUGGAAAAUACAGAAGCUUUGCUUCUUUCAUAAAGGCAAGCCAAUAUAUUUUGAAAAUAUUAUAAAAAUUCAUUUUUUACAUAGCAUGGAUACGUUAAUUUUUUUUUUAAAUAACCUUAUUGGCCUCCUAUACAUUUGAUUUAAUGUAGCUAGAAUUGAACUAUACAGAAUUUUGUACCAUUUAGUGGGCCAACAGUCACAACUGGUAACAUUAGCUUUCAAAUUACUAAUUGAUGUUUAUAUAUGACUGACUUUUUUUUUUAUUUUGUGGGCCAUCAUUAGAGUGAAAGUUGUAACUCCCUGCUGUGAACACCUAAUAACCUUACAGCAUUUCAGCAUCUGUAUAUAGUUGUGCAUUGUUUUUGUAAUGUUUUGUUUUUCUCCUCCUGAUCUGUGAAGGAUUGAAUGAUGCAUGUAAAAACAUUAAUUAUGCAGAAAAUGUAAAUAUUAUGUAAAUAUGAAUUCACUUUUUGAUUCUAACCAAAUAAUUUAAGAUCAUGCUUUUUUUUUUUUUAAGUUUUAUUGUAGAUUAUAUUUUUUUUCUGCAUAUAAUUUUUGAUUCAGGAUGUGAUGGUUGCUGACAACAAAUAAUUAAAAUUUGGCUCUUUUUUUUUUUUCCCCCAUAUCAUUCCAAUCAUUUUGCUUAACACCUGAUCACUAUAAAAAUGAAAGCAGAAUCCCAUUUCUUUAGAAUGAGCACAGGCAUACGUUUGUGUAUGUCUCUACAAAUCUUGCUGUUUUGCACACCAAAGCCUUAAUUGACUCUUGAUUAUUCAUGUCCUUAACAAUUGAACUUUCAACAUCAUUCUAAAUUGCAGAUGUAUCUUUUUUUUAUUUCGCCUUUUAUGCCUCAUUCUAAAUAAUGAACAUUCUGUGAUUUGGUUGAACAAAAAGCACAGACCUGUCUCUUAACAAUAGGACUUCAUGUGUUGUUUAUUUUGUGAUGUUCUUUUUUAAAGAUACAUUUCAAAUACAUUUUUUCAGUAUUAAAAGAAUAGGUUGGACUCUUGA